AUGGUCGCUUUCAUUAACAUCGUUCUUUCACUUCUUUCGCUGUUAUUUUUCGCUGGGCAUGGUGUCAUUGCGACUCCAGUUCAUGAACUAGUCCUUCGUCAAGUUACCGCUGCUACCUCUGCGACGAAAAACACCACCGCUAUCUCUUCCGAUGUGAUUCCGUCUGCAUGUACCUCACAGUGCAGCUCAGACACCUUGUCUGCGCUCACGAGUUGUACAAGUUCUGGUUGUGAAUGCUCCAAUGACGUGUAUGGUACCGUCACAGGUUGUCUCGAAUGUGUGGUCACAAACAACGGGCUCACUAACGCUACUGGCCAACAGCUACUCGCUGAGUAUGCUACAACGUGUAGCACACUCGGCGUUCAGCUUGCAGAUGCGGUUUCUGCAGCUCUUAGUCUACGUGUCAUCAACUUGAGCAUUGUUGGGACUGCGGUGGCUGCAGUAGCCCUCUCGCUUGUUGCCUAA